AUGGAACCAGUGCUAGGAGUAAAAAUUGGCUGCCUAUUUGCCCUGCUGGUUCUCACGCUGGUCUGUGGCCUCAUUCCCAUCUGCUUCAAGUGGUUCCAGAUGGAGGCAGCCAGAGGUCGUCACCGUCAGGUCCUCAGCCUCCUGGGCUGCAUUUCUGCCGGCAUUUUCCUGGGAGCAGGGUUCAUGCACAUGACUGCUGAAGCCCUGGAGGGAAUUGAGUCGGAGAUCCAGAAGGUCAUGAUGCAGAACAGGACAGAGAGUGGGGGGGAUUCUUCUGGAGAUGCUAAUUCAGCUUAUACGGACUAUCCCUAUGGAGAGCUCAUCAUCUCCCUGGGCUUCUUCUCCGUCUUCUUUUUGGAGUCGCUGGCAUUGCAGUGCUGUCCCGGAGCCCAUGGAGGAGCAAAAGUGCAGGAGGAGGAAGUAGGUGGGGCUCAUGUCCUUGGACUCCACAGCCAUGGACCUCUACCCUCACCCUCACAGAGUCCCUUUCGAGCCCUCAUCCUUUUGCUCUCUCUCUCCUUCCACUCGGUGUUUGAAGGUCUGGCUGUGGGGCUACAGACAACAGUCGUAGCCACCGUGCAGCUCUGUCUUGCUGUCCUGGCUCACAAGGGGCUGAUAGUGUUUGGUGUAGGACUGCGGCUGGUGCAGGUCGGCACUGCGUCCCGAUGGGCCGUGUUCUGCAUAUUGUCCUUUGCUCUCAUGUCCCCCCUGGGUGUAGCCCUAGGGAUGGCUGUUGCUGGAGGGGACUCUGAAGGGGGGCGAGGCUUAGCCCAGGCUGUGUUAGAGGGUGUGGCAGCUGGCACCUUCCUGUAUGUCACCUUCCUAGAAAUCCUGCCCAGGGAGCUAGCAGGUCCUGAGGCCCCUUUGGUCAAGUGGGGCUGUGUAGCCGCUGGUUUUGCCUUCAUGGCCUUAAUUGCCUUGUGGGCCUGA